AUGGCUCAGGCGAGUGAACCCGUCCCAGUGCAUUGUUACACCAAUCCAUCGUUUUGUCAACAAUCGGAAUAUAUUCCAGAGGAUCAAGCUAAUGAUCUACCGCCACCCCCGCAGUUUCAAAGUACAGACGAUCUACCACCUCCGCCACCACCGUUGAUCUUGCAGGCGCAAUGCAACGGGGGUCAAAGUAAUCCUGCAUUUCAGGGACACACGGAGGGUAGCAGAAUCGAAAAUCGUGAGAGUAGAGACAAUAGAUAUUGUUACCUCGAAGAGAACAGGAUUUCAAGUCAUCGACGAUAUGCAAGCCUUCCGGUGGAAGAACAUCGGCCGACGUACAAUCAGCAUUCGAGGUACGAUUACAUACAGGAGGAACAGCAAAGAGGUCAGAUCCAACGAAGGGGCUCCUCAAGGUAUGAGUUCAUUCCGCACCAGCAGGUGCAACAACGUUCCGCAUUGUCGGCCAACCAAGACCACGGCCGGGAACCGCAGAUGCAAAGUUGCCGGAACAACGCUGGAAGAUACGCGGUUGUACCGGGUGAUCAAGAGUUUCACGACGAGGAGGCCGUUUGGAGCACAGGGAACAAUCACGUUUCCCCCGUACGAAGGCAACACAUCGACACACCACAAGGUCGUUACAGCAGAGUGCCCCUGCACGAAGAGGACCCUCCGGAGCUACCAGAAAGAAACGGGCAAGAGUUGUCGGUCUCGCCGCGAAACAACUUAGCCACGCAAAAACUUCACGAGAUAUUGACCACUCCCAGGAAGCCACGAUCCAGGUCCGAGGAGAGAACCCUGUCGCCGAAGAGGCAACACUCGUUCAAUCAAACCGGUACGCCACAAAGAAGAGCGCUCACUCCAGGUGGUUCGCCAACCGGACGAACGUUUAGCCCUACCCGCUCUACACCCCAAGGAACACCCCAAAACCGUAGAUUCCCGCCAACAGGGCCACAAACUUCCACCCCGAAUAAAGAAUCCUCGGCCAGAAGGUGUCUACCGUUGCUGGAGAAUCCUCCACAGCAGGAUGUCUGCCCAGCCAGCAACUGCGGGCGACUUCGAUACGUCGGUACCGCUCCAGUCGACCUUCUGUCGAUGGGUCACGGCGAGCCACCACCUCGUUACGCGUACAUGGAUAACGGGCCAGAGUCUAUGCCGAUGGUGUCCGGUUCGCCGAGGUAUCAGGUGAUCCCCGCAGGACAGAAACGAAACGGCUACCAAAGCGUGGAAAGCGCGUUCAUCGCUCGUACUGCGGUGGUUCCUCCUCUCUCGCCGCCGAACAGUGACGCAAACACAACCUUGGCCAGCGGUUUGGAGAAGAACGAUAGGAGAAACGCACCGCUUCUGUUGGCGUUGGUCGGUAUCUUGACUUGCGGUCUGGCGUUAUAUUUAUCCUGGACGCAAGGAAGAAGAUACUACUACGAUAGCGCAGCAGGUUGUGGAGCGUGUUGCACCCUAGCAGGAGCAUGUAGAACGUUAAGAAGAACUUGGACUGGACUUGGACUCGCUGGACUUUCAGCGCUGAGCUGCGCAGGACUUCUGUUGCUCGCUGCGAAAUCCCCUAAAGCUGGCACCCCUCUACAUGAUGUUACAGCUGGAGCACUGUGUGGAGUUUCUCUAUUGGGCGCUGCUUUGGCGUUGUUAGCUCUUUUGGCGCCAAGAUGCAACUUGGGCCGACACAGACGGGUGCAUUCCUGGAUACCUCGUCUAUCGCCUUAA